UGAACAGAAGCCGUUAGAGCCAGUCUGCUAGCUUGAUGCCAUGACCGCUGGUGAGAUGAGGCAGGAUCUUGCCUGCUAGACGCGCAGAUGGACGCUGAAACAGGCCAAGCUGAAAGUCUCCGACAAACUAGAGCUGAUCGCCUGAAGACUGUCCUAUCAAGGGCGGCUCCAGAGGUUGCAGUGGAGGAAAGCUCCAAGAGGCGCUACACUUCGAGACUGUGCCAGUACCUGUCCGACUUCGGAAGAUGGUUGGCACAACCCUACAACGUUGACAUCGAGCCUCCAGACAGUGAUGAUGAGAGGAACGACGGCAAGCAGGAGGAGGAGGUGGUUCAAAAGACAUGGCGAGAGAAGUUGCAGACUGUGGUGGUGAGCAAUGGAUUUGAGGCAACAAGCUGCCUUUUUGUCACAGUGAACCUUGCCUUUUUGGGCGUUCAAGCCAAUUGCAAUGAUGCAUGUGGGACCUAUACCACUGCUCUCUUGAUUGCAUUUGAUGAUGCGUUUACCACCAUUUUUCUGAUAGAAUGGCUCCUUUGUGUUGCAGCACACGGUCGGUCCUACUUUUACUCCAUCUCCAACUUGCUGGACACUGUGAUUGUUUGGCUCUUUGGCGUUUUUUUGCUCUGGAUCGCUCCAUUGAUCUUCGGUGCAGAAGGCCUAGCAGCGUUGCAAGCGAUCCGCGCCAUCAGGGCCAUGCGCUCCCUCAGAUCCUUCAAGGUGUUGAGGCACUUCCAAAGUUUCCGCAUGCUCCUGACGGGUGUGCUUGGGACGAUUCCCACCUUGAGUGCCUGCAUCUUGAUGAUUUUUUUGACAGAUCUGACCUUUGGCAUCAUUUCUGUGGAUAUUAUAGGACGAGACCCAGGUUGGGGCUUGGCCGCCUCUGGAACUGCCGCGUGGUAUUUCCAAAAUGGCGUGCUGCAGGCGAGCCUGACCAUGUCGCGCUUCAUUUUCAGCGACAAUGCAGUCCAGCUUAUCGAGGAUCUUCAAGUGAAGCAACCCUACAUUUGGAUAUACUGCUUCUUAUUUAUGGCCAUUGCAGCCUAUGUAAUCUUGAACUUGGUGACCGCGGUUAUUUGCGAUAAAGCCCAAAUGAUUGUAAAUGAGAACGAGGCUGAGAAGCUCUUUGAAAUGCGCAUGGAAGAGAAGAAAAACAUGAAAGACUUGAAGAGGAUUUUCCAAGUUCUCGACGAAGAUGGAAGUGGCCAAGUAACCACUGAGGAGUUUGAUGCCGCUUUUGAGAUUCCAGAGUGCAGGGAUAAGUUCUUCUUGCUGGGCUUUGAGGAGGAGGAAAUGAAGCAACUGUUCAGAGUUCUGGACGACGAUGGUGAGGGCGAGUUGAGUGUGGCAGACCCAAGAGGAAGACACGACGUGAUAUCUCAAGUGCGAGGUCAGGUGCACAUCCUAAUUGGCGGACCAUUGGACGAGCCAAGCCCUUCUCGACAAAUGUGUGUCACAAGGAGACUGCGAUUCCAAGUCCAUGCUGGUUGCAACCAAGAGCCUGGAGAAGGUGUUGUUGGGCUUUGACAAGGUUGCGGGAUCGCGCACACAGAAGUCCGUCAAACCCAGCUUGGAAGACCUUGGAGAGCUGGUAGAGCAAAACUUGAGCGAAUGGCUCGAUGAAAUUGAGAGUCUCACCUUUGAGCGUUUGGAGGAGAUAGACCGUCAUGUGAAAGGCAUGACAUUGAAGGCCGAUGGAUUUCAGAAGAAGCUCGACAUCAUCGAGUCCUUGCCAGCUCUCCAGAGGGAGGGUGAUCCAGUCGAUGAAGCUAGAGAGGGGUGAUGCCUUGGACUCAGAACCUUAGAGCAUUCUGUGCGGCAA